AUGGGAAAGGCCAGAAAAGAAAAGACAAAGGAGAGAGGAGAGAAAAGAGGAGAGAGGAGAGGAGAGAGAGGACUGAGGAGAGAAGACAGAAGGGAGAGGAGAGGGGAGAGGAAAGAGGAGAGAGGACAGAAGAGAAAAGACAGAGGAGAGAGGACAGAAGAGACAGGGAGAGAAGAGAGGGGAGAGGACAAAGGAGAAAAAAGGGAGGAGAGAGGACAAUGGAGAGAUGACAGAGGGGAGAGAAAAGAGGAGAGAGGGAAGAGGACAGAAGAGAGAAGGGAGAGGAAAGAGGAGAGCGGACAGAAGAGAAAAGACAGAGGAGAGAGGACAAAGGAGAAAGUAGAGAGGACAGAGGAGAGGAAAUAG